UCUGUUGCUAAUUAGAAUCACAACACGUCUCUAGAGGAAUCGGGUCCAAGACUACAUAGUAGAAAAUGACUUAAACAUGUGAGUUAAGGAGGUGAUUACUCCUGAAACACAUCUCUACAAAGACACCAUGUGAAGUAAAACAGUCUGACCUCCUCUGGCUGAUAGACAUUGGUAAGUGAGUGAAGUACGGUCAAUGGGGAAAAAGUUGAACAUUUUUAUUCUCUAACUCUUUUUGUGUAAACUGAAAUUUACUGUGUUUUUCUGAAACAGGAACAAUUUGUUCAGAGCAGCAAAAUGCAGAAUCGGACUGCACUUUCUGUCAACGAAACUUCCCCAAAAGGUUUCUCUGUGAUCAUCAAGGUGUGUGUGGUAAUCCCGUUUUUCUGCGUCUUCCUGUGCUUCAUCGCUGUCAUGCUGCAGAUCUUUGCCUCUCACAGACAGUUUUUGGACACUUCCCGUUACAUCCUGUUUGCACACAUGCUGAUCAACGACACCCUGCAGAUCCUUUCCUCUGUGCUACUCUUCCUCUGUGUGAUGGGUCAGGUCAAGUUACCUCUUCUGUUCUGUGUCCCUCUGCUCUUUGUAUCUACUGGUACCUUUCAGAAUACCACUUUGAUCCUGGCUGCCAUGUCACUGGAGCGUUAUGUUGCCAUUUUCUAUCCUCUGCAGCGCCCGGCCUCCUGGCGCUCAGAUCGCAUCUGGAUCAUUACUCUGCCUCUGUGGAUAAUCAGCUUCGUAUUCCCCGUCAUUGAGUUUUCCAUCGGGAAGCAUACUCUCACUGUAGCUGUCCUCUCUACCAACAUCCUUUGCAAACCUGCUAUUAUUAACUCAUCGCCGAUCCAGGGACUGUAUCGGUUUGUUGUGAAUGUUCUUUUUUUUGCAGUAGUAAGUGUUAUCAUCCUCUUCACCUACGUGAGGAUUGUGAUGGAAACCAGGAAGAUGCGGCAGGACAGAGCUUCAGUGAGCAAAGCCAUGCACACUGUGCUGCUGCACGGCUUCCAGCUGCUGCUCUGCUUGCUGGCUUUCACCCAGCCCAUCUCUGAAACUCUCAUUGGGCUCCACACAAACUGGCUGGCUGAGGAUGUCGCCUUUUUUAAUUAUUUCUGUUUCAUCCUGAUCCCUCGCUUUCUCAGCCCGCUAAUUUAUGGCUUCAGAGAUCAGAGUCUGAAAAAGCACAUUGAGAACAGGUUUCUCUGCUGGUCAAAGAGAGAUAAGCCCUUUUUCAAAUAGUGACUCAGAUAUUAACCAGUUAUAAACUCAGUUUAAAAAUAUGUUUCAGUCUUGUACAAACACAAUAUGUGAAGAUCCUUAAGUGAGACAGCUGUUAACCCAGUCUAUUCUGAAACAAUAGACUUGUUAUUGUAAUUAAAUGACAAUAACAUCAUUACGGAAGUUGUACAGUUAAUUAUGGAUAAUGUUGUUACUUGCAAAUGAUAUUUGUAUUCUUUUAUAAUCACAGAGUCUUUCAGUACAAGCACCAAAAAUACCUAGGGGUUUACAUUCUCUACUGUGCUCUUACACUUAGGUGGCAGAUAUGUCAAAAAUAUAUACAUAUUUUGAUAGCAAGAUCAUUGGAAGUAAUGUAAAAAUACUGCUGUAGUAGAAAAAACAUUUUAUAACAGAAUUAAGGCCAAAGAACAACUUCUGACAAGUUUUUGUCAAUUUUGUACACUUUUAUGAGAUAUAGCCAAAAGUAAACAAUAAGUUAGUUUACUUCAAGUCUUACUUGUUUGCAGAAUUUGUCUUUUUGUAAUCUAAUAAGUUACGACGCAAAAAUUUUCAUUGUGUGGAAAAGUCCUAUAAAUUAACUGUGUGAUGUUAUUAAAAUAAAAUCUUCCUGCUCUGUUGCUGCCCCCUCUCUUCACGUCCAAUAAAAAUGUUUUUCAGAAGUUGUUUAAUAUUUCCUACUCCUUUUAAAAC